AGCGAGACCGCCGAUUUGUUGUCGAAGCGCAACAUCUGACUUCAACGAUUCCUCCUCCACCGCAGAACACUCGUACUCCUCUCAAGAAACAUCUCAACAACUCACACGAGUCUCAUACAACUCUCCACAUACUCAUUUUCUCAACUAAACCUCUUCAGCCGCAAAAAUGGGAGGAGGCAACGUAAGCGCUUCCCUCCCACUACUGCCCCUCCAUCGGCUUCGCAAGGCAACAACAUGUCCUAACAAUUCCGCAACAGGGAGCCAAAGCAGCAUCCAAGCGUGAGCGCAACGCCAAAGACACCAAGGGCGCCGCCAAAUCGCAACUCAAGGCCAACGAGAAGGCUAUGGAUAUCCAGUGUGUGGUUUGCAAGUCGACGUUCUUGAAGACCACCAGAGCCCCAGCGUAAGUCCACCUUGCGAUAUUUCUGCGCCGCAGAAAAAUAUGAGACAAGAAGUUUCAGCCGAUCGUAUGGAAACAAUGGAUUGUAUUGGCCGUCUCUCUGCGGCGUGGAAGGCAUGCUUGUAUCUGAAGUUGAAGUUGGCGCAAGAUAAAGAUUCAGGGGACAUUUGGCUAAUAUCCACACCUGUCAGAUUGACCGAGCACGCCACGAACAAGCACAGCAAGACGAUCGAGGACUGCUUCCCUACCUUUGGAAAAUAGAUGAGAUGCGCUAGAUUCGAUAUGUGGGCAAAGACAAAAGAGACGUCAACUACCACAGUAGACAAAAGCUUGUUGCUGAAUGGCAACAUGUGAUAUGGGGCAGAUUUGCUUUGGAGAUUUACGAUGAGACGAAGGGUAUGAUGGCGAUGGCGGGGGUCUUUUAUGAUAGCGACAGGCGUUGGGAAUUAACAUAGACAGAGUCGCAUACAUGAAUGGAACUGUGAUACACAUCUCACAUACUCACCUCGUGAUGGUCGUUCUGGGAUUGGAAUGCUUCAAGCGCUUUGCUACGUUUAGGGUAAGUAUAGAAACGACCGGGAACAGAACCAACGUAUCAAUACCAAUGUUUGUCCUAGACCAUAUUUCGUGUCAAGAAGUACGCAUAUCUAUUCGUCUUAGCCUUGACCAAGAGCCU